AUGAAGUUAUCGUUUCACGCUGCUAUUCUUCUAUGGCUGCUUCUCGUCGGCGCGAGUAAUUCAGCCUCAAAUGCUACACAAUCGGUUGAUGUUGGAGAACAUGGCUUGUCCUUUGAUCCCGAUACCAUUCACGUUGCUUCAGGGGGUAAAGUCGAAUUCCAUUUCUACCCUGGUAAUCACUCGGUGACCCAGGCUUCGUUUGACGACCCAUGCCAUCCCAUGAGCGAUACCAGCUUCUUCAGUGGAUUUAUACAAAGCGCGAAUGGCGAAUCGUCUACUGUUUUCACAUUGACCGUUAAUGAUACCAAGCCGAUUUGGUUCUACUGCGGCCAGAUAGGGCAUUGUCAGGCUGGCAUGGUUGGAGUCAUUAACCCUGCAACCAGUGGCCCGGAUACUCUUGAUGCAUUCAAAAAGGCAGCGUCGAAUGCAAACGGGGACAGUGUACCAUCUGCAUUCGGCCACUAUCACUACCAGCGGUACGUCAGGCAGUACAUCGAGCAGUACAUCAAGCAGUACGUCGAGCAGUACGACGAGCAGUACGACGAGCAGCACAAGUAG